AGCCAGAGAAGCGAAAGAGGAGCCAGAGGAUCAACAGGCAGCUUGACACUUUGCUGCUUUCUGCGCAACAGACUCAGACUUGUGAAAAGUCAAUGAAGAAUGGAAAUUACUUUGCUCUCUCUCCCAUCAAGGAAGCGAACUGUCAUGUGGACACACCACGACCGACGGCAGCACUUCAGCUGUUGAUACACUAAACAUGGCAAGUCUCUCACCCCCGGUCCAAGGGAAGUUCUCUGGAGAGGAUUAUCAGGAUCAAAAAUGAACAAACUUUCUGCCGGCUAGAAGAGAUACUCCUGCUAAGAUGAACCCAGAAUCCCUGGACUCGUCCAUCCAGAGCGCGCUGUCGGCCCUGUUCCCACCUUUCGAGGCCACAGCUCCCACCGUCCUCAGCCAGCUGUUUCGCACCAUUGAGGAACGUUACCAAGGUGACGCUCUCCACUGUAUGCUGGACUUCCUCAUCCCCGCCAAACACCUGCUGGAGAGUGUGCAACAAGCUGCAUGUGCUGCGUACUCUGACGUGCUGUUCCGCUGUGAGGGCUGGCCGCUGUGUCUCCAUGAUAAAGUUGUUAUCCAGUUAGCACACCUGAACCCUCUGCUACUGCGUCCUGGUGACUUCUAUCUACAAGUGGAACCUUUUGGGGACCAAGCAGCACGCAUAGUCCUCAAAAGCCUCCUGGAAGAAGGAUGUCGAGAAGUAGAGGAGACACCCAUCCCUGAGACCUCCUACCCCUGCAUCUUCACUGAAGACUGGCUGCAGGAGAUCAAUGACGGACGCCAAGGAACACCUCUCUCACGCUGUUUGCUGUCCACAGACCAAGGAAUAAUAAAGUUGCCCUGGGCUAAAAUAGCCAUCCCAGAGUUUUUAGACAAGCCUAAGAUCAUGCCCACUUCCUCGUCUGUCAUUCAUGAAGCUCCUCUUGAGCCAAAGCGGGGGUCAAUUCCAACCCAUUUCAACUCUGCCACACUCCCAGUGGAGGCCAUGAUUCUUCCUCCAAGGGACAGGAUCUCAAUGUCUUUGAGACCUGUGGAUACCAAACUUGUCAAAAUGGAACAUCACAAAUCUACCCCCAAAUCACACACAAAACCCUUAAUUAAACCUGUGGGCUGGGUUUCUCCUAACACCUGGGACAGCUAUCGGGAGAUAGAAGGUGAUUAUGUAGACUUGGUUGAUUUUGCCAAAGGGAAGGAGGCCUUGGAUAAACUUGACAGCCAUCCAAACCCUCUGACUCCAGUUUUGUUCAAACCAGUCAGACCAGCUCCACCUAUACCGUUAGGGAACAGUGCCCCCUGUGGAUGCAACCUUAGGCAUGCAGAGGAACCCUGUAUACCACGCAACCAAAGAAAGCAAGGGAAUGAGCUCACUGAUGAAGACCUGAAGUGUAGGUACAGAGAUUCUUACCUGGCAGCACUGCGAAACCCAGUCACUUUUGAAAAGGGAAGUGUAGAUAUGCUGGCUGCCCUAGACGAGGUUCGCCUGUGUGAAGAGGGGGAGUUUGGAUCCAGUGAUAUGGUUGUAGCUCAUGGAGGUGUCCUAGGACAUUCUUGUAACCACUGUAAUGACCGUAUGGGCAGUCAUAAACACAGGCAAUGCUGUGAAGCAACACCAGCAAACUUUGUAUAUCACCUCAAAGAACCUUCCACAAGUUCUGAGUCUGAGAGCCUUAUGAGGGAAUUACCCACUGUUUUUAAAAUGAUCCCUGGAGUGAGCUGUAGCCAGGAAACAGAGACAAAUAUUGCCCACCAAGUAACACGUGACUCUAAGGUGCAUCAAAUACCAGCUGUACCUCCGUCAAUCUCAAAGACCUUUGAUGGCAAUAUUAAACCACAUCAGGUGGUGGAGGUGGUGAAACCGUCAGGGAAACACAAAGUCAAGCUUCGUUCUCUAUCCUCAGUGUCAGAGACAGCCAAAGGGAGUCCACUUCUCCAUAAAUACAGUAACAGGAGCCACAGUGACAUAUGCCCUGAAAUGAUUUCCAACAUAGUGGGAUGUAAGAAAGGCACAGUGUUUGAUCUGCUAUCUCCAAAGCUGGAAAGACAGCAGUCUCCUGAAAAAGAUUCCCAGCCAAGCAGCAGAGAAAUUCGCUCCACCACAGAUGGACCAGACUCCAAACUCCAUAACACGAAAACAGACAAACCAUCCUCUCCUAAAAUUCAACUGGCUUCUCCAAUUUCUGGAACUCCCCUUUCUCCACAAAGUGAAGAAUCCAGUUUCAGAAACAUCAGUGGUCUACUUCAGCUUGGCAUUAUCUGUUUACCAGGCAGCAAGGACAAGACAGGCAGAGCAGUGGUGGAAGUCCAUGGUGACAAGAAGGAGUGGACGUCCCCUCUUGUAUCAGCCCAGGCUAUCUGCGAGCUACUGCUCUACCUACACUCCAUACCUAGGAAAGAGGUCCGAGACCUGGGAAUGACUUUGGUAAUUGAUGCAAGGAAGAAACCUCCCCCUCUCUUCCUCUAUAAAGCUCUGCUCAUGGCUCAAGAGCAGGCUCUCCAUGCUGUCCACAGUAUCCUGAUGCUGGUGGAUAAAGACACUUGUCCUCGUCCUGAAAAGCAACCUGGGCUGCAGAUGGACAUAGUGACGUCUCUGAAGGCCCUGAACAAGACGGUGGAGGGUAUCCAGCUGACCUAUGACCUGGGCGGGACCUUCACUUACAACCACACUGACUGGCUGCAGUUCCAUCAGAGACUGGUUUCUUUCAUGACUGACUUGCAAGGGGCAGACAAUUUGCUGCAAAAGGCCAUCAAGAAAGUGGAUGGAGGUAAAAAGAUGGAUACUGCCCAGGAUGUGCAGCUAUGCAUUCAGGAACAGAGGGCCUUAAUGAAAGAGGUGCUCGAGGACGCCCGGCUGGUCACUCUGCAAAGAGAAGGCGGGGCCAUCCUGGCCAGAAUGAGGAGAGAGGAGUUUCGGUUUCCACAGUCAGAGGACUACAGAUAUGCUCUGGAGUCAGUGACAGGUCUGUAUAACCAAGUGGAGGAGAAGCUCCACACUCUGGUGAUGAGAUCCAACGAGUCACUACAGAAUCUGGAGUUCCUCUUCAGACUCAGAGAGAUGGAGGGCAAAAUCAGCACGGUUGGGACAUGGUUCAAUACGGAGGGUGAGCAGAGACUGAAGGAGUCUUACACAACAGAUGACACUCUGAAGUGUAUUGAAAAGGCUUGGCAGCACUUUGAGCCUUUUCUCAUGCAGGCUAAGGAGAAACGACAACAUGCCCUGACACUUGUGAUGGAGGCAGAGCGUAUUAUGGGAACCAGCGAUUCCUGCCCGGCAACUGAUAUUUUUCAUACUGUAAUCAGCACUUUCAAAUCCAAUAUGGAUGACUUUCUUUUGCGGGCAGAACAGAGGUACAGGGAAUUGGACUCAUUGGUGCAACUGCACCGCUUCUGCGAACAGGCCUCUGCCUUAGCCAAGGAAUGCAGUCAUUAUCUGGAGCAGGUAGAGAAGGGGUGUUACCCAGCUAAGGCCAGUAUAAGUACACUCAAGAUGUAUGAGGAAAGACUGGGUGGUGAAUUCUCAGCUCCACACUUCCAGACUGUGAAAGCUAAAGCCUGUGCCGUGGGAUCAGGGGCUUUGGGGUGGAUGAAGGUGUGGAAUGCAGCCUGGGUCCAGUGCCAAAAAGUCAGGCAGCGUCUGGAGGAGAGGCUGAAGAAGAAAAGCAUAGAUAAAAACCAGAACCAGCAGGCUACAGCUGUGGCCCCUCAAGGGAAAGUAGGAGUGUUGGAGAAAGAGGAAGAGAGGAGUGAAGUGGGGGAGGCUUGUUGCUCCCUGACCCAGGAGUUGCCCUCUCCUAAACAGGUCAUCAGUAUAUCGGAAGGGGCCCAAGAGGAGAGCAGAGACAGUGGUGCUAGGGAAAGCACAAAUGUUCCUUGUUUAAAUCUCCAUUUGAAAGCUGACUUGAAAGGGAGUGAGAGGGAAGAAGCUAAAGUACUGCAUGUACCUGAAACACCAGUUAGAGACGGGAAAAUGACUCCUGAUUUGUCACAAAACGGUGACUGUCAUCCAGAGACCAAAUGGAGGCCAAGAGAGCACAGCAGUGAGGCUGAUCUGAGGAGGGUAGACUCUGUCAGUCGGGAUGAAGAGUUUCCAUGGCAUCAAGCAUUGGGUCGGUCCCUUAGCGAUGGAUCAUGUGUGAGCUCCCAUCCAACAUCCAUCUCUGGCUUUUCGCCUUUGAGUGCAAGACACAACCACUGCCAGGGCAGGACACAACCACUGGAUCAAAGUCUGAAGCCCAUUCAUAACUGGCCUGUUUCUCGUAUUGAGAGUUUCUGCUCAGAGCACUUGAACUGUGAGUCAAACAGAGACAGUAAUGCAGAACAGGGUGGUCCCACCAAGGGAUCUUCAACCCCCACUCACAACCCUAAAGAUUUAAGAACUCAAGAUGCAUCAUUGCUCACUGACACACCAGCGGAACAAAAUGGCUGCAAUGCUUUGAAACUGCAAAGGAUCAUGGAGGAGCUGCUGCUGACAGAGAGGGAGUACGUGAGGGCACUGGGCUAUGUUCGGGAGCACUACUUCCCUGAGCUGGAGAGGGCUGAUGUUCCUCAGGACCUAAGGGGCCAGAGGGGAAGCAUCUUUGGCAACUUAGAAAAGCUGCAUGACUUCCACCGACAUCAUUUUCUGAAGGAGUUGGAGAGCUGUGUGAAAGAGCCCCUCAGAGUGGGCCGCUGCUUCCUACGACAUAGAGAGAGCUUUGCUUUGUAUGCGUUGUACAGCAAGAACAAACCACAGUCUGAUAGUCUACUGAUCAAUCAUGGGCAGGCCUUCUUCAAGCAAAAGCAGCUGAAGCUGGGGGACAAAAUGGACCUGUGGUCAUACCUAUUGAAACCUGUGCAGAGGAUCAGUAAGUACAGCCUGCUGCUCCAAGACAUGAUGAGGGAGUGUGGUUUGGGACAGACCAGAGAGAUGGCUGAAGUCCAGGCUGCUCUGGAGGUCAUCCACUUCCAGCUCCGCCAUGGCAACAAUCUGCUGGCCAUGGAUGAUAUCCACAACUGUGAUGUUAAUCUGAAGGAACAAGGGCAGCUGAUUCGCCAGGAUGAGUUCCUGGUUACAUUCAGGAAGAAGAAAUGUUUCCGCCACAUUUUCCUCUUCCAAGAGCUCAUCCUCUUCAGCAAGACCAGGAGGACGAGUGUAGGGAACGACACAUAUAUUUACAAACAGUCAUUCAAGACGUCAGACAUAGGGAUGACCCACAACAGCGGCAACAGCGGCCUGUGUUUUGAGAUCUGGUUCAGGAGGAGGAAGAGUCAGGACACGUAUGUACUACAAGCAAGUAGCCGGGAGGUGAAGGAGGCCUGGACCAAGGACCUGGAGCGGAUCCUCUGGGAGCAAGCUGUACAUAACAGAGAGGUCCGUAUGCAAGAGAGAGUGUUCAUGGGCAUUGGAAAUAAGCCCUUCAUGGACAUCCAGCCCAGUGAUGCAGCCAUCAGCAACAGAGCCGUCAACUAUGUUCUGAUGGGAAGAGAAAACAAGGUGUUGGCCUCUUCAGAAGCACAUGCAUCACAGGCUGGGCAUCCCGUUGGGCGGCCAAACUCUAUUGGUUCAGGAAGCAGUUCAUCGUCCUCUGGCAGCCAUUCCUCCUCUUCCUCUGGAAGGGGAUCUCUGUCCCCGGUGGGAUACCUCUGUGGGCCAAAUCGGAUGGUGGUUUCAGGAGGCCUUGGCGGAUAUGUGGCUCCUCAUGGAGUUCUGGAGGAAGAUGACCUAGACCAUGAGAGCGGGAGUCAGAACCUACUGUUGGACAGCUCUGAGUCUUCAGGAGAGAGCGUGAGUGGAUUCAGCAGCUCAGGUCACAGCUGCCACUCAGCUAUAGGAGGAGAGGCAGAGGACACCUCCUCAGUCUGCACCUCCACAAUCACCAUAAAAGAGGCAGCAGUGGCUCCUCAAGCUGAAGCCUCACCAGACUUCCAUGAACUAAAUCCAGCCGGGGUCCCAAAUAAAAGCCCACCUCCAAUUGCACCCAAACCCAAACAUCCAGACCAGGACAGUGAUCUACCCUGUGGCAAGGUUGAGAACACUAAUGUUGGAAAAUCCACUGAAGUCUGACCUAGAUGCAAGAUUUGGAAAUAUCCCAAGAAGAAUCAAGGGAAAGCCUUAUGGACUAUUGUAACAGACUUUAAUUACUGGCUGUUGUAAGCCAUUACCACUCUUUCUUUUUAUUUCACCACUAAAACAUAAGGUCAGGAAAAAAAAUGUCUGCGUGUACUGUAUUUUGAAGAAAUGCAGAGGUUUUGAAAUGCAUGCUUGAUAUAACUUUGCUUAGCGUACAGUAAAUCUAGUGUCAUAGCUUUUGCAAAUGACCAUACUGUAGAGUGGUGUGUGGAGGUAUAGAAACAUUUUGUGAGCGUUCUGGUUAUUCAUAACAUAAUGCUAAACUAUUCUGUAGUGUAAGCUGUAUGUGGCUAAAUCAUACUGGUUCAAUAAAAUCAUUGUGUAGACUUUUGUUACCUUUCUGCAUCCAAGUCCUUUAUGUGAUUUAACAAAAUCUUACUGAGAUCUGUGAAGGCCUGUACAUAGACACCAUGCCAUUGUCAUGUUAUUAAUUCAAGAGUGUUUUGUGCAUAUUUAUCACAGUGUUACAGCACACUGCAGCCGUGCUGUACAACAACAAAUGCUUAGUUACUAGUGUCUUAUUCCCUCUGAUCACAAAACAUUUUCAGUUCUUACUUUUUUACUCUUGUAGCAGUUUUACAUGAACUAACAUAUUGCAGGUAUAAGGAUCUGUCUGCAGGUGUAUGGUUUUCUAAGGUGUAUGUUUUUUUUUGUUUGUUUGUUUGUUUGUUUGUUUGUUUGUUUUGUUUGUUUUUUGUUUUUUGCUUGUGUGUUCAGUCACUACCUUUAUUGACUCUAUAGCAAAAACCUCACAGUAAACCAGUAUACUAUAUACUGCCCGAGUGAUAUUUCUUAAGUUAAUUGUGGUGAUUAUCUUCCUAUAUUUUGUUUGGGCACAAUUUUUCCAUUAACACUGAACAGAUAUUAUCAGUGCUUGGACACUAUAAUUUUGUAUCAAAACUAUCAACAGGGUCAUCAAAUAAUCUAGUAGAGAUGCAGUGCAUUUUUCCAAAUUAAAUUAAGGGAAGUCAGCCAUCAAAACAUCUUGUCACCUGAUUUUUUUCUCUCCCCUUGAUCUCCUUGGAGAAAGAAAUUUAUGAAGAAUAUCAGUUUUUCUGCUGGUAGAAGUUAAUUUUGUGACAGAUAUUAAUUGCUUUUUUAUUUAAAAAAAAAAAAAUCCCUUUAAGCAAUUCCUCAAACAUCAACAGUGGAUGAACAGACUUAAAAGAGUGGCCAGCUUUUUUAUGAUUUUUUUUUAAUGAUAUAACAACAGUUGCCUUUGUCUGAAAGAACACAAAGCCAAGAUGCCUAUAUGUUGGGACAAUUCAGCACUGAUAGUAUUUAUUGUCAACUAAAUGAAUUUUAAGACAUUCUUGUGUUUUUUCCUCCUGUCUUCGUGUUUUCAUUUUUGUGCUUUUAU